AUGUCAAACCAAACACCCGAAUCCUGGGAAGAUGAGCUUUCCCGACAGGCUGAGGGCGUUAACCUGAACGCACAAUCUCGCCCUCAGGGCCAGGCGCCCUCUUUCACACCUGGCGCUGCCUCUUUCACACCGGGCGCUGCCUCUUUCACACCUGGAGCCUCUUCCUUCGUUCCCGGACAGCAGUACCAGCAGUAUGCUGGCUACCCCCAACAGGGAUACCCUCAGUACGGCCAACAACAGGCCUACGGUGGCUACCAGCAACAGCAGCAAGCCUAUGGCCAGUACAACGCCUAUGCCCAGCAGCCCGGUGGAUUCAACCAGUACAACAAUGGACAGCAACAGCAGCAAUACGGUGCCUAUAACCAGCAGCCUCGCCAGAAUGCGCCUGUAGCAGCACCGGCCCAGUCCGCUCCAAAGCCCGCAGCGAAUGCCGCCGCGCCCAAGGCCAAGGUUCUCUCUAUCGGCGCCACUUCUUCUAGCGCUGCCCCCAAGACCAAGGUCCUUUCGAUCGGCACUCCUACCCCAGCACCCAAGCCUGUUGACACCACCCCCAAGGAGGCCAAUGGUGAUACCAAGGGCUCCGCGGCUGCCGAGGCAGGCUCAAAGGUGGCGGCUACUAAGAGCCUUGACAAGUCAGACAAGGCUGCCGCUACUGGCAAGGGUUCUCCCGCACCAUCUUCUGGCCGCUCUAGCCCUGGACGUUCCAGCCCAGCCCGCGGCGAGACUGCCAAGCAAGCUCGCGAGGCCAAUGCCGUCGCAAAGGCACAGCAAGCUGAUGUUGAUGAUGCAACCCUGAAGGAAAUUUAUGGUGAGCGCAGAGAGCACGUCAACGUCGUCUUCAUCGGUCACGUCGAUGCUGGCAAGUCCACCCUGGGAGGUUCCCUCCUGCAUGCUACCGGUAUGGUCGAUGAGCGUACACUGGACAAAUACAAGAAGGAGGCCAAGGAAGCCGGUCGAGAGACCUGGUACCUCUCGUGGGCUCUUGAUUUGACCCAGGAGGAGCGUUCCAAGGGUAAGACAGUCGAGGUUGGCCGUGCCUUCUUCAAGGUCACUGUCCCGCACCCGGAGGGUGAUAUUGAGCGCCAAUUCUCCAUCUUGGAUGCUCCUGGUCACAAGUCCUAUGUUCCUCACAUGAUUGGUGGUGCCUCCCAGGCCGAUCUCGGUUGUUUGGUUAUCUCCGCUCGUAAGGGCGAGUACGAGACUGGAUUCGAGAAAGGUGGCCAGACCCGCGAGCACGCCUUACUCGCUCGCAACACCGGUGUUUCUAAGCUAAUUUUGGCGGUGAACAAGAUGGACGAUCCUACUGUCGAAUGGAGCAAGGCCCGGUUCGAUGAAUGCACCAUCAAGGUUACCAAAUUCUUGGAAGCCCUGGGCUACAAGAAGUCUGAUAUCUUCUGCAUGCCUAUCUCUGCUCAGCGCACUAUCGGUAUCAAAGACCGCAUUCCCAAGGAUGUGUGCGAUUGGUACGACGGUCCAUCACUGCUCGAAUACCUGACUGCGUUUGAGCUCCCCGAGCGUAAGGUCAACGCGCCGUUCAUGAUGCCGAUCAGCGCCAAGUACCGUGACAUGGGUACCAUGGCAGAGGGUCGCAUUGAGUCCGGUAUCAUCAAGAAGAGUGGUACUUAUCUCAUGAUGCCCAACCGGGAGGAGGUUCAGAUUUCUGCUAUGUACGGUGAAACAGAAGAAGAGAUUUCGACCGCCAAGGUUGGUGACCAGAUUCGCCUGCGUCUCCGUGGUAUUGAAGAAGAAGAUUUCUUCCCUGGUUUCGUGCUCUGCUCACCUAAGCGCCCCGUUCACUGUGUGUCUGCUUUCGAGGCUAAGAUUCGUAUCUUGGACCUGAAGAGCAUUCUGACAGCGGGUUUCAACUGUGUCCUGCACGUCCACUCCGCUGUUGAGGAAGUUACUUUCGCCUCUCUUCUUCACAAGCUCGAGCCCGGCACCGGCCGCAAGAGCAAGCGCCCUCCCCAGUUCGCCAGCAAGGGCCAGACCAUUAUUGCCCGCCUCGAGGUUACCAGCACCGCCGGUGCGGUUUGUGUCGAGACCUACGAUGAAUACAAUCAAUUGGGUCGUUUCACCCUUCGUGACCAGGGUCAAACCAUUGCUAUUGGUAUGAUCACCAAGCUCAUCACUACCGAGACCGAGGCCCAGUGA